UUAUAGGUGUUAUAAACAUGAUGGAGAAACGUCAAUGUUUGCUGCACCGAAAACAUUGACAUUGUUUGAGAAUGUAAAAAUAUGUGGAGCCCACCGUCACUAUGCACGCACAGUAAUUUUAUCUUUUUACUUCUAUAUAUACGAACGUUUUCGUUCGAUUGUAAUACACACCAUCUCUUCUUCUUCUUAUAACAUAUUCUCUCUCGUUAUUAUCUUGUAUCAGUAGUAUCUCCUUUCUGCAGGUAUAAAAUUUUGCCCUUAUUUAAAUUUCUCAAUACUAUAAAAUUAUAAGUUAUUUUAUAACACGUUAUCAGCACGAUCACUCUGCGAUUUGGUAAAAUUUAUAUGUAUCAUAUCUAUGGCCGGUAUACCGCCUAUAUUAUUAUUUAUCAUUUUAUAAUGAUUGUUUAAAUUAAUGCGGGCGGUAUGUCGCCUCGUUAAUAAACCUUGAUUGCUAAUUACACUACAAUUAUUGGCUUGGCUGUGCCGCCGCACAAUCUAUUUAAUGUUAUAGUUUUUCUAUCACCAUAAUACGAUUAAUAUCUAUUUGUUCAUCAUAUUAUGGUUAUUAUAUAAAUGUUUGGUCACCUAUGUAAAAUAUUAUGAAAUUUAUGGAAUUUAGUUGACUGAUUAUUACAGUAUUUUCAGAAUAAUUUUCAGUUCAUACGAUUUAAUCCCAACGGUCACAAAGAAAAAAUUUCAAAAUUUUUACCCUUUUCAAACGGCUAUGAACAGUAUUUUCAUCUAUAAAUAUACUCAUUCUUCACUCAUUUACUUCAUCCAAAAUAUUCCAUCUUCUCUCAAAUAUUUUCAAAUCGCCACAUUCCGGUUUUUCAUUGCAAGAAAGAUGAUUCGCAUAUUUUUGGUUUUAUGUGCAAUUCUAAUUUUUGUUUCUAUGUUCGGUCUUUUUAUUGGAGAAUUUGCUCCUUAAGAAUUUACGCUUAAUGUCGGUUUACUUUUCUAUGCGUUGUUUCUUCUUGUAAUUGCGUGUAUUAUUAAUAUAAAUGGUUCGUUUUAAAAUUACGAAAUUCUAAUAAAAUAUAUUAUUUUGUGUUUUAGAAAUACAAAUGGCAAACAUCGAGAAACUUCAGUUUCCGGCUCUCAAAAUAACUGGCGAAAACUACGUCGGAUGGGUCACAAACGUGAAAUCAUAUCUGGUGAUGAAAAAAAUAACCGAAGCGAUUGUAAUCGGUAACAAAUCACCGCCCGAGCAUAUAGCCGAAGCGAUAAUCUUCCUGAAGAAGCAUUUAGAUGAAAAUCUAACGCACGACUAUGCAAACGUUGAAGACCCAGCUGAACUGUGGCAAGCCUUAAAAGAAAGGUUCGAUAACCAGAGACAAGUCAACCUCCCUCACGCUCUAGAAGAGUGGAAAAACCUGAGGUUCCAAGAUUUUCAAAAGGUUGAGGAUUACAAUUCCGCUGUCCUGAGGAUAGUUUCACUUCUGAAAUAUUGUGGUAACCCUGUCUCUGAGGCAGAAAUGAUGAAAAAAACAUACAACAAUUUCCACAAACAGCUUCACUUCCUGCCCGAAAUUUACAGAAAAUGCGGGUACACAAGAUUUUCUGAAUUGAUGGUUGCGCUCAUGUUGGCUGAAAAGAACAAUGAGCUCCUGAUCAAAAACCACAAUUCCCGACCUACGGGAGCCAAAGCAUUUCCUGAAGUGAAUGCUAUGGCGGUAGAAAAUUCGGAAAGGAGGAACCAGACCAACCGAGGUCAUGGUCGUCGUUUCAACAACAAACGUGGAAAAACUUACAAUCCCAAAUGGAAGGGAUCUAACAAGUGGGUUAGAUCCGAACAAGUUUCUAAGGGUAAAGAAACUCAAGGGGAUACCACCCAGAAGCGUGAGAUAGUGUGUUACAGAUGUGGCUGUAAAGGACAUUGGUCCCGUACAUGUCGUACUCCUCCACAUCUCUGUAAGUUAUAUCAAGAGUCCACGAAAGGCAAAGCUAAGAAGUGAACCUCACUGAAAACUUUGAAGGGACAUCGUACCUCGAUGCCUCCGACUUCGCAAAUGAGCUGGACUAAAUUACUCCUGAAGAGAACCGAGAUGCUUAUAAUAAAACUAUCGAAUAGUUUUCACUAUUGUCAUGUAUAAUUAUUACAUUUCCUGUUUUAAACAAAUAAUGAUGUUUUAACGUCACCUUAAUGUAUAAUUAUUGUGUGUUUCCUUAUAUGAUUAUUAUAUGAAUGAAUUUUAUGUUUUUCUUUUAUUAAUAUCUAUGACAAUUUCAGAAAUGGAUCGAAAUACUAAUGGAGCAAAAUCCAAGAAACGAAUUCGUGAAAUAUGUAUACCAGAUAGUGGAACAACGCACACUAUUAUGAGACAAAAGAGAUAUUUCUCUAAUAUAAAACCGACAAGAAUUGUUGUCAAUACAAUAUCAGGUCCUGCUGACGUGAUUGAAGGAACUGGUAAAGCAAACUUUACGUUGCCAAAUGGAACAAAAUUUUUCAUAAAUAAUGCUCUAUAUUCUCCAAGUUCUAAAAGAAAUUUGUUGAGUUUUAAAGACAUAUAUCUUCAUGGAUAUGACACUCAGUCUGCAACUGAGGAUGGAAAGAAAUACAUGUAUGUAACUUCUGAGCAAUGUGGCAGAAAACACAUAUUGGAAAAGUUUCCAGAACUUCCUUCGGGGCUACAUCAUACUUAUAUCGAUGAGAUAGAAUCAAACCUUGUAGUAAAACUGAACCCAGAAGAGUUCACAUUAUGGCAUGAUCGUCUCGGCCACCCUGGCAUUACAAUGAUGCGUAAAAUCAUAGAAAGUUCGCAUGGUUAUUCACUGAAAAUCCAGGAGAUUUCUCAAGGGAAUAAAAUGACAUGUGUUGCAUGUUCUCUAGGAAAUUGAUCGUUAGGCCAUCGCCAACCAAAAUCGAUAAAGAAUCACCAAAGUUCCUUGAAAGAAUUCAAGGCGAUAUACGUGGACCUAUACACCCACCUUGUGGGCCAUUCCACUAUUUUAUGGUAUUAAUUGACGCAUCCAGUAGAUGGUCACACGUUUGUCUAUUAUCUUCUCGAAUUGUGGCAUUUGCGAGAUUUCUAACUCAAAUAAUCAAACUACGAGCACAGUUUCCUGAUUAUACUAUUAAAAGAGUUAGACUAGACAACGCUGGUGAAUUUACAUCCCAAGCAUUCAAUGACUAUUGUAUGGUAACGGGAAUUAAAGUUGAACAUUCGGUUGCUCAUGUUCAUACGCAAAAUGGUUUAGCUGAAUCUUUAAUUAAGCGUCUGCAAUUGAUUGCAAGACCAUUGAUCAUGAGAUCAAAACUUCCAACCUCUGUAUGGAGACAUGCUAUUUUACAUGCUGAAGCACUUAUUCGGAUCAGACCGAGUGCAUACCAUAAGUAUUCCCCACUACAGUUAGCAUUUGGUCGAGAACCAAACAUUUCCCACCUUAGAAUAUUUGGUUGUGCAGUAUAUGUGCCUGUAGCACCACCACAACGUACAAAGAUGGGACCACAAAGAAGAUUGGAAAUAUAUGUUGGUUGUGAUUCCCCAUCAAUUAUACGAUAUCUCGAACCACAAACUGGUGACGUCUAUACGGCACAUUUCGCCGAUUGUCACUUUGAUGAAAAAGUAUUCCCAGUUCUAGGGGGAGAAAACAAAAAUGUAGAAAAUGAUAUCAAAUGGAGUGUACCUUCGUUACUAUAUCUUGAUCCUCCUACUAAAGAGUCUGAACUAGAAGUUCGACGAAUCAUGCAUUUACAGAGUAUAGCUAAUCAGCUACCUGAUGCAUUUGCGGAUACCAAAACGGUAACUAAAUCUCAUAUACCAGCCGCGAAUGCUCCUGCUUGUAUCAAAAUAACAAAUGAGCAAGGAAAAGCAGACGAUACACGAGAGUCUAAAACAUGCUUGAAGCGUGGCAGACCUACUGGUUCUAAGAAUAGAAAUCCUAGAAAACAAAAGGAAGUCGAAAUAAAUGACACACCCAAAAUAGCAGAAAAUAUUUUGGAAGAAACAA